GUCUUUUACCAUUUUUAUCAUCGAAAAUCUGUUUUGCAUGAUCUCUCUACAUUUUGGCUGUGUUUGGUAAAUGGCAGAUCGAUCAUUUUCUGGAGUUUGACCACCAUGAACUGCUUGGAAUUGUCAAACAGCCACUAUUAAUGUGUUUGGAAUAAGGCUUUUGACAUUGGCAUCUUAAUUCAAAAUGCUAAAGCACGAAACGCCAUAUGGAGCAGCGUUUCAAUCCGGCAUCUAAGUGUAAUUUUUUUGCCCUUUUAUCUAUAUUUGCCAAAGCCAAUAGCACAACCGAGAUCACACUUCAAUGGCUUCUUAUCUUUCCAGAUCCUCCACCACAUUCCUAAACCUGUCCUCCCUUCCUUCUGCUCCCCCAAGAAGGCUCCCAAUCAAAACCCAAAUCCCACUCUUCACAAAACCCAGAAAUCCAAUCUCCACUACGACCCGUACCCCGAUCAGAUCCAUCGACGUCUCAAAGGAAGAACAGCCAACCCCCGUCAAUCCUCCCCAAGAAACCCAGCCCGGGGAGGGAUUGGACGGGCGGAGGAGGCCGGAGGAAAAGUUCGCCGUCUUAAACACCGGAGUCCACCGGUGCCGGUCUUGCGGGUACACCUACAACCAGGCCAAGGGCGACCCCCCAUACCCGAUCCCGCCCGGGUUGCCCUUCGCCGAGCUGCCCGGCGACUGGAGGUGCCCCACUUGCGGGGCUUCGCAGAGCUUCUUCGAGAGCAAGAGCGUGGAGGUUGCCGGGUUCGCCCAGAACCAGGAUUUCGGGUUCGGGGCUAAUACCCUCACAUCUGGCCAGAAGCUAUUGCUCAUCUACGGCGCUCUGCUCUUAGGGUUUGUGCUCUUCUUGUCCGGUUAUUUUCUGCAAUGACAUUGAUGAUCAUGUCUGUGUGUGUAUAUUGUUCGUUGAUUCUUUAAUUCGAAUUCGUGGUUUCGAUUUUCGUUUGUUCAUCAUCAUUGGUUGAUCUUGUGCUUAGUAUACAGUUUUGCAUUUCUGCUCAUGUUUAUUGAAUCAGAUAGGAACCUAUGAAGGUUUAG